GACACUGUAAGUCUAAUGGGAUUUCCUCAAGAUGACAAAGGUAGCGACUCCAAUGCAGAUAAAGUUGCAGCUGCUACAUUUAGUGUUUUGUCAGAAAUAUCAAGUCUUUUAAAUACAGGUUUGGACAAUGAAGAAUUACUGAUGUGCAUCAAACUAAUCGAGAAUGGUGUUAAUCCAACCACUUUAGCUAUGCUUGUAAAUAAUAUAAAACAACAAUGCGAACUUAUGUCUGAGUCGAAACGAGUCUAAACUAGACUUUUUUUCAUUGUGCAUAUUUAAGAAAAUGAUUCAUUUAAGUAAAGAUUACUAAUUAUUGUUUGGAAUAACAAAUACAUAUUAAAGAGUAUGAACAAUUUGUCCAUAUUUAUUUAAGAUCACAGUUAUCCGAGGGGUG